UCCAUCACUUAAUACUCUCUUGCAAGAACAAACAAUCACAUACACAAUGUCUACUACAGUCCCAGAAUACUUCCAAGGUUUCGGCGUCGACAAGGCCGAAAACUGGAACAAGCCAAAGUUGGUUUCUUACAAAGGUAAGGCAGUUGGUGACAAUGAUGUUGUCUUGAAGAAUAUUGCCUGUGGUCUUUGUGGUUCUGAUAUUUUGACCGCUUCUGGUCAAUGGUCCCCACUUCUUAGAGAUGACUUGGUUGUUGGUCAUGAAAUCAUUGGUCACGUCAUUGCUGUUGGUAAGAAUGUUACCCAAGUUAAGAUUGGCCAAAGAUGUGGUAUUGGUGCUCACUCCAGCUCUUGUAUGAGCGACUCUUGUGGUCGUUGUUCAACUGACAAUGAACAAUACUGUAAGAUCAAUGGUGUUGGUACUUAUAACGCCGUUGAUGCUACCGACAAGUACGUCACCCAAGGUGGUUACUCUUCUCACUCUGUUGCUCAUGAACAAUUUGUUUUCCCAAUUCCAGAUGAAUUAGAAACUAGCCAUGCUGCCCCACUUAUGUGUGCUGGUUUGACUGUUUUCUCCCCAUUGGUCAGAAACAUCGGACGUGAUGCUAAGGGUAAGACUGUUGGUAUCAUUGGUAUUGGUGGUUUGGGUCACUUGGCUAUUCAAUUCGCCCAUGCCUUGGGUGCUAAUGUUAUUGCCUUUUCUCGUUCUUCCUCCAAGAAGGACCAAGCAGUCACCAUGGGUGCCUCCACUUUUAUUGCCACUGGUGAAGAAAAGGACUGGACUACCACUUAUGAUGACAAGUUUGAUUUCAUUUUGAACUGUGCUUCUGGUACUGACUUGGACUUGGAUUCCUACCUUUCCGUUCUUAAGGUUGACGCUAAGUUCGUCUCUGCUGGUUUGCCACCUUCUGCUGACAAGUACUCUGUCUCUCCAUUCUCCUUUGUCAAGAACGCUGGUAACUUUGGUUCCUCUUUACUUGGUUCUAAGGUUGAAGCAUUGGAAAUGUUGAAGAUUGCCGCUGAACAUGGUGUCAAGCCAUGGGUUGAAGAAAUUCCAAUUUCUGAAGCCAACUGUAACACCGCCUUGACUCGUUGUAACGACGGUGAUGUUAGAUACAGAUUUGUCUUCACUGAAUUUGACAAGGCUUUCAAAUAAGCAAAUUGUUCAAUAUUUAUUUCAUAGAGUAUAAUACAGACAUAUAAAUCAG